AUGAUGCAGUGCGACCAACGCAACUGCCGGUUCCAUAGCCAUUGUUCCGUAUCUGAACUAUCACCGUUACAAGCCUCAAAAGAUCCGACCCACGUUGCAGCCUGCAAUGUCCAUAUUCUCUGUCAAAUUGGGCGACAGGAGUCUCUUGCUAAAACCUUGCUUCUCCCUCCACGCGGUGUAUGUUAUGUCACCAAAACAUGCAUACAAUGUCCCGUUUCGAUUGCGCACCUCAAUCCGCUUAGGGCAAGCUCAGAUGUCCCACAUUUUGCUCUUCAGUUUUCUGGUGGUAUCGACGCAGUUGUUCGUGUUAUCUGCAGUGUCGGAGUUCUACUCAGCCCCACGGUUGAAAGCGCCUCACUGAGCUGGAUCGCAGUAAACAGUCGCCUUUGCGCUGUGGAGUUGUCUGGCUCAACCGAGGUCAAUUCAGUCCGAUGUGCUUAUACAGAAGUGAAAGCCAUGGAUAACUAUGAUUUCGUUCGAACUGGGAAGCUAAAGCUCAAAGGUGAUAAGCACAAGAAGAAAAAACACUCUCAUAAAAACCAUCAAAAACGGUCAGAUAAACCAACCGAUGCUCGAAUCUUAGACGCACAAAUUCACGGAGGGUGGUGGGGUGUGAGUGAGUUCGCUGAUGUCGCUGAAUCGGUUGCCAUAGAGCUCAACAGUUGGCCUGCUCUGCAGCGUCAACUGAAGGGUCCUGAUGAGAACUGGGAAGCUUGUACAAGCACAGCUUACACAUCAGCUUGUUACCUUUCUGCUACGGACGAAGGCCUGUUUGUUGUUGGUGCACCUCGUGGAUCCGGUGAACCCCCUGCUCCGGAGGAGAUUUUCACUGCAAUCAAGGUGUCAGACACUAAAGUGGCCUUCAAAUCUGGGUAUGGGAAAUACCUGGGGGUAACAACAGGUGCCAGUCCCUUGUUGGUUGCCGUUGCCGACGCCAUUGGCCCUCGAGAACAAUUCGAACCAGUGUUCCAGGAAGGAAAAACUGCACUUUUGGGCGUGAACAACUGUUUCCUCUCUGCAGACCCCAAAACCGGUGAUGUAGCUUUUGUUAGCCCGCAAGCUAAAUUACAGGAAAUGAUCACGAUCAGAUCCAAUCGUGAAUUGUUACGGGACCCACUAAACGACUUACCAGAAGAAGAGCGAGAGGGGCUUUCGAAGGCUGAACUGAACUAUGUACGCAAAUUUCAAAGUUGGCAAGAUCACAAACUUCGACUUAGUAAGGAAGAAAAGAGCGCACUGAAGCAUGCAAAACGUUCUGGGGAUCUCCACGAAUGCCUACUUGACAGGUAUGGGAAAUACCUGGGGGUAACAACAGGUGCCAGUCCCUUGUUGGUUGCCGUUGCCGACGCCAUUGGCCCUCGAGAACAAUUCGAACCAGUGUUCCAGGAAGGAAAAACUGCACUUUUGGGCGUGAACAACUGUUUCCUCUCUGCAGACCCCAAAACCGGUGAUGUAGCUUUUGUUAGCCCGCAAGCUAAAUUACAGGAAAUGAUCACGAUCAGAUCCAAUCGUGAAUUGUUACGGGACCCACUAAACGACUUACCAGAAGAAGAGCGAGAGGGGCUUUCGAAGGCUGAACUGAACUAUGUGUACGUUUAA